AUGUCCGCCCCCACUGGCAUUGCCAUCUCGCCCGAGCUCGCCUCAGCCUUCUCAGAUGCCGUGAGCUCAAGCAACAUCAGGUUUCUCAAGAUCUCCAUCCAGAAUGAAACCCUGGUUCCGAACGGUGCCUAUCCUCCAUCUGGAAGAUUUGAGCAGGACUUAGACAGGCUGGCGGAGAUUCUCGAAGAAGACGAACCCGCAUACGUCCUCGUCCGCACAGACGAAACACAGUCAGACUGGCUCGCCGUGUUCUAUGUCCCCGACAAUGCGAAAGUCAGAGACAAGAUGGUUUAUGCAGCCACCCGGAACACUGUCACCAAAGGUCUCGGCGCAGCCCACUUCUCAGAUAACAUAUUCGCUACCUCCAAGAGUGAUGUGACUUCCGAGGCAUACUCGAAACAUAGGCAGCACCUCGCAGCACCCAAACCCAUGAGUGAACGUGAGAAGGAGAUUGAAGAAGUCAAGGCCGCGGAGCGCGAAGCGGGCGGGCGCAACUACGAAGGUAGUCGGGCGAGAGCAUCUCAUGUGGGUGAGCGGAUAUCCAUGGAAUGGACGUCGGAGGUAGAAGGAGCCAUGAAAGCGCUGGGUACAAGCGAUGACUACCACCUCGUUGUCCUUAACAUCAAUCCGGCAACUGAAGCAAUUCAACUGACCUCUGCUUCCACAAUCGACAUCUCGCAACUUGCGAGCUCUCUACCGACAUCAGACCCAUGCCUAGCGUAUUUCGCGUGGCCGCAAAGUUACACAUCACCCUCUUCUCGCCUGGUUGUCCCCAUCUAUUCUUGCCCGCCGUCAUCUGCGGUUCGCCAUCGCAUGCUCUACUCUAGUGCAGUUUUGACCGUCGUGAAGCAAGUGAAGGACUUGCUGGCUGCAGAAAGGAGUUCGUCUAUCCUGGCCGCUCGCAAGAUCGAGACCUCGGAUCCGGCGGAGUUAGACGAGGCGUAUCUUGUCUCUUCGCUUGGACUGUCGGACACUACCGCGGCGGCAAGCGCGCUACCAGCAACGGAUGGUGACAAGAAACCUUUCGCGCGUCCAAAGGGCCCCGGGCGGAGACGGUGA